AUGGCCAGCGACAACCUGGAAAUACCUGAUCUCUCCGGAUCCUGCGAAGGCGAUGAAACCAAAACCCUUUGCGAACUAUGCAACAGCAUAAUCUUCCACAACACAGAGGUUGGAAGUGAAAUGGAGGAUAAGCUAGGGUUAAAGCUAUCCGAAGAAGAUAUACCUACCAUGCUGUUGAUAUUGAACGGAGCACAUGGAGGCUGUCGUUUCUGCGCCGUAGUAUGGAGAGCAUUCAGGGAUGAGGGAGUUUAUCGGAAUUUCUAUUCAAACAAUAAUACUAAUGCGAUGUCCUUGACUGAUAUUGCAAAGCGUUUCAUCAUAAGCUCUUUGUCUCUUGAACUUGAGGAUGGCAUUUCUGUGGGCUAUUACAAGCUGUCCUACAAAACAACCUAUGAGAAGACAAAAUGGAAGGGUGGUGGCGUUUUGGUGCUAGUUUUAGACACAUUAAACGGUUAUCAAGACUUCCAUAAAGCGUCACAGUCUCUUACAAACGCCAAUCAUCUUACUGAAGAGAGAUGGAGGAACUUCUGUUAUUCAUCAAUAAGAAUGUGCCAAGAAACUCACGAAUCAUGCAAUUCCGCGUCAAUAUCUGAGAAGACUUCCCAUUGCUUGCCUACACGUCUCAUUGAUGUUAAACGCGAUCCUCCAAGGUUAGUCUUGUCCUCCAACGUAGAACCUGCAAGUUCAUACGCGACUUUAAGUCACUGCUGGGGCAAAGCACGGAUCCUUACUUUGACGACGAAGAAUUUGGAAGCUUUUCAACAAGGGUUACCCAUUUCUCAUUUGAGUAAAACUUUUCAAGAUACUAUCGAUGUAGGGAAAAGACUCUUACGAGACUUUAAUGUGAGAUAUCUUUGGAUUGACAGUCUUUGCAUAAUCCAGGAUUCCAAACCAGAUUGGGAGAAUGAAGCACCAAAAAUGUCCCAAGUCUAUGGCAACGCCUUCUGCUGCAUCGCAGCCUCUGCUGCGACCGACGGAUCAAAAGGCCUUUUUUCUCCAAGGAACUCUAUGGUGGACGAUGUACUAAGUAUAAGUUUUGAUAGAGCAAGAUAUCCGCGUCUGCCGAGCCCAGUAAGAACAACAAUACUUAACAAGGAAAAAUGGCUUCAGAUCAUUGGAGAAGCACCCCUAAACCAGCGCGGUUGGGUUGUACAAGAAAGGGCUCUGACCAAAAGAACAUUACAGUUUUUUGAUGGGGAAUUAAUGUGGAAAUGUCAACAAAUAAUGGCAUCAGAGUCAUUUUCUGUCAUAUCAUCUUGUUUAAAGAUAUCCGAUGAUCGUCUUCUAUUUCCCCAUUCUCUCACUGCAAAUUUUGCUUUCCGAAGGUUCUGGGGUCAGCUCUUACGGAUGUAUAGCAAGACUAUUCUUUCGUAUCCAGAUGAUAUACUUAUGGCAAUGGCUGGUGUGGCACGUCAAUUUGGGGAAUACUUACCGACCGAAAACAAGGUAUAUCUCGCCGGAAUGUGGGCAUUCGAGCUUGAGAGGCAAUUAGGAUGGCUAGCAACCAUACCUGGCUCUAGACAUGAUCUUGAUCGUCGAGGAUGCCCUAGCUCUAACGUCGCACCAUCUUGGAGUUGGGCCUCAUCAACAGGCAGGUCAAUCUCGAAUGCAUGGGAUGACGGUCCAUAUAAUGAGGCCUCUACGCGCUGGUAUGACUGGACUCCCGCAGAAUACAAAAGUCACAUGAUUUUGGAUUUAAAUCGGAUUCACCCUCCUGAAUUUACCAUUGUUGAUGUCGCAACCACUACUUCCAGCAAAGAUCCAUUCGGACCCGUCACUUCAGGCUUUCUUCGACUUCGUGGUCAAUUGAAGGUUGGGCGUCACUCUUUUACAUUGUCUAAACAGAAUGCAGCAACCUGGAAUAACAACAAUGUUCACUACAUCCAGGUGCUUGGCAGAUCUCAUCCGCUAUUUUCUCCCAUGGUUUUUGAUCGUUUGCAGUCUGAUGACGAUCUGAGAGAGAUUAGAGAAGGGAUGUUGUUCGUUUUCCCUUUGAAUUUCGAGACUAGUCGGAGCUCUCGUGCUCUCAUUCUAAAGCCAAGCUGCACUCGAAAAAGUUUGGUGAGGGUGGGCUGUCUAUUGAAUCUUACAAAAGAUAUCACCUUUGAUUCGGAGGGUGAUAAAUUGAUCGGGGAAGAAUUCUAUGAGGAAUCUCAUGGGAAUGGAGAAUAUAAUAUUCGUAUUAUAUAA